CUACAUCUCCCCUUACUACUGUCACUGAGUAAAACGACGCAUGCGCAAACUUGCAACGGCAAGGGAACUGGGACCUGACGGGCUCACUUGCGUGAGUGUUUUUGGUGGGUUGCUUGGACGAAAAAGUGCAGAGAAAAAGCAGCACAGAUGUCAACGGGAACUGCCGUACCCGGUAAUGUUGUCUGAGGGAAACGUGAAUCAGGUCACUUUUCAAAGCAAGGUGCAUGUCAGACACAUUUAGAUACGUCUAAAGGAGAAAAUGUAAAGAGAAGGACAGUUAUCAGCUUUCUGUCACCAGAAACCGGCCCAGUCAGCUUCUCACAGUUACUUUACUCUUUCUUAACUGCUAGAAAUAGUUUUGACACAUUUCUGAAGAAAGCCGAUCAUCUGCCGGCUUCACUACCAUCACACACACUAAGAGUGUGUCGUCACAAAUAGAACUUUUCCCAAACCUUCAGUCAGAACCCAACCCGCUCGCUCCCAUGGAGUAUUUUAGCAUACAAAAGAGAGCUAGUCGAGGUAACUGUUACCUCAGCAUCAGCUGGGAGAUAGCCUAGCUUAGUGCCGCUAAUCUGGUCCACAACCCCCCACACACACACACACACCCACCCCCCCUCUUCUGCUUUAUCCCAUCUGGCACACACCUGCCCCCCCCUUUCUCUAUUAACUUCUCCAAGCAAGCUGCCAUGGCAUCAGUCCGCUUCACUGUGACGCCCACCAAGGCCGAGGACCUCCCGGGACUGUCCGACACGUCGCCUGACCUCAGCUCUCGUCCGUCCAACCGAGUUCACUUUGGCUCCAGGGAGAGUGUCGAUCCAAGCGAUGGGCUCAGUGAGGCAGGUGUGGCGAACACCGCGUCGGGAGGAGGAGGAACCGGCACACCGGAUCACUGCAGCAUAGAGCAAGGAGAUGGGAAUUCUAAAAUCUCCAACGUGUACAUCAACAACAGUCAUGGGGUGGACGACGACGACUUCUACGACAGAAACUUGGCCUUAUUUGAGGAGGAGAUGGACACGCGGCCCAAAGUGUCGUCUCUUCUCAGCCGCCUGGUUAACUACACCAACCUGAUGCAGGGGGCCAAGGAGCACGAGGAGGCUGAGAGCAUCGGUGACAAGAAGAAAACCUUCAAGUCUCCACAGAUGGGGACGUUCAUGGGCGUCUACCUGCCUUGCCUGCAGAACAUCUUUGGAGUCAUCUUGUUCCUGCGUCUAACAUGGGUAGUUGGAACCGCCGGGGUGCUGCAGGCUCUUUGUAUCGUCUUCAUGUGCUGCUGUUGUACGAUGCUGACCGCUAUUUCAAUGAGUGCAAUCGCCACUAACGGAGUCGUGCCAGCUGGAGGCUCCUACUUCAUGAUCAGUCGCUCUCUGGGUCCAGAGUUCGGAGGGGCGGUGGGGCUGUGCUUCUACCUGGGCACCACCUUUGCCGGAGCCAUGUACAUCCUGGGAGCCAUCGAGAUCCUUCUGAUGUACAUUGUACCCGACGCUGCCAUUUUUAAAGGCGAUGGGGCGGCCAUGUUGAAUAACAUGCGGAUCUACGGCAGCAUCUUCCUCCUCCUGAUGUCCCUGCUGGUCUUUGUGGGGGUUAAAUAUGUCAACAAGCUGGCCUCCAUCUUCUUGGCGUGUGUCAUCAUCUCCAUCAUUUCCAUCUACGCCGGAGCGCUGGUGUCCACCUUCAAAGAGCCUGAUUUCCCCGUGUGCAUGCUGGGAAAUCGAACCAUCAAUGGCCACGACGUUGUGGACAACCAGUGUAGGAAAACCGUCCUGCAGGUCAGUGACGCAGCUGAGAGCAUCUACAGCAACGCCACGGCCUCCUACGAGAACAGCACAGCCCCCCCUACCCACAGCCCCACGGUGGUGGAGAAGACCACGUUUCUGUGGGGACAUUUCUGCCAGAGCCCAGAACUCAACGCCUCCUGCGACGAGUAUUUCACCUCCAACAAUUUAUCGGUGAUAAACGGGAUCCCCGGUCUGGCCAGCGGGAUCAUCACAGAGAACCUGUGGAGCUCCUACCUCAGUAAAGGCGACGUGAUCGAGAAGAGCUCCCUGCAGUCCUCCCAUGAGGCUCAUCCCGCGUCCACCAAGCAUCCAUAUGUGUUCGCUGACAUCACGACCUCCUUCACCAUGCUGGUUGGCAUCUUCUUCCCGUCAGUCACAGGAAUCAUGGCUGGGUCUAAUCGCUCUGGGGAUUUAAAAGAUGCUCAGCGCUCCAUCCCCAUCGGGACCAUCCUGGCUAUCCUCACCACCUCCAUCGUCUACCUGAGCAGCGUGGUCCUGUUUGGAGCCUGCAUCGACGGGGUUGUCCUCAGAGACAAGUUUGGAGACUCGGUGAAAGGCAACCUGGUGGUGGGGACGCUGGCAUGGCCGUCCCCGUGGGUCAUUGUGAUCGGCUCCUUCUUCUCCACGUGUGGUGCAGGUCUGCAGUCACUGACUGGUGCACCGCGGCUCCUUCAGGCCAUCGCAAAGGACAACAUCAUCCCUUUCCUCAGGGUGUUUGGUCACGGGAAAGCUAACGGGGAGCCCACCUGGGCUCUGCUGCUAACGGCACUGAUAGCUGAGCUCGGGAUCCUAAUCGCCUCUCUGGACAUGGUUGCUCCCAUCCUGACGAUGUUUUUUUUAAUGUGCUACCUGUUUGUGAACCUGGCCUGUGCCCUGCAGACCCUCCUCAGAACGCCCAACUGGAGGCCUCGUUUCUCCUACUACCACUGGGCGCUGUCGUUUUUGGGGAUGACAAUCUGCUUGGCUCUCAUGUUUAUCUCUUCCUGGUACUACGCCAUCUUUGCCAUGGUGAUCGCUGGAAUGAUCUACAAAUACAUCGAGUAUAACGGGGCCGAGAAGGAGUGGGGGGAUGGGAUUCGUGGUCUGUCGCUCAGCGCUGCUCGUUACGCCCUCCUGAGAUUAGAGGAAGGACCACCACACACUAAGAACUGGAGGCCCCAAGUGCUGGUGUUACUAAAACUGGAUGAAGACGCCCACGUCAAGUCUCCUCGCCUGCUGACGUUCGCCAGCCAGCUGAAGGCAGGAAAGGGCUUGACCAUCGUUGGCACGGUUGUGCCGGGCAACUUCCUGCAGAGCUACGGGGAGGCCCUCGCCGCUGAGCAGACUCUGAAGCACCUGAUGGAUAAGGAGCGGGUGAAGGGCUUCGUUCAGUGCAUCGUGGCUCAGAAACCACGAGAGGGAAUCAGUCACAUGAUCCAGUCCAGCGGUCUGGGAGGGAUGAAGCCCAACACAGUGGUGAUGGGCUGGCCUCACGCCUGGAGGCAGAGCGAGGACCCGCAGGCCUGGAAGACCUUCAUCAACACGGUACGGGUGACGACAGCGGCCCACCUGGCCUUGCUGGUGCCCAAAAACAUCUCCCUGUUCCCCAGUAACAGCGAGCCUUGCACAGAAGGCUACAUCGACGUGUGGUGGAUCGUCCACGAUGGCGGGAUGCUGAUGCUCCUGCCGUUCCUACUUCGCCAGCACAAGGUGUGGCGUAAGUGUGGAAUGAGGAUCUUCACUGUGGCCCAAUUGGAGGAUAAUUCUAUUCAGAUGAAAAAGGAUCUGGCAACCUUCUUGUAUCACCUACGCAUCGAGGCCGAGGUGGAAGUGGUGGAGAUGCAUAACAGUGACAUCAGCGCCUACACCUAUGAGAGGACUCUUAUGAUGGAGCAGCGAUCCCAGAUGCUCCGACAGAUGAGGCUGUCCAAGUCUGAUCGGGAAAAAGAGAGGGUUCGCUGGAGUUUUGAUGAUGUGUAUCCCUCCCCCAGGUUCAGGAGUAUCGGAGUCCUCCCAUCAAACAGCAUCAAAGGAGACAGACAGGUACAAGCCCAGUUGGUGAAGGACCGCAACUCCAUGCUGCGUCUGACCAGCAUCGGGUCAGACGACGAAGACGACACGGACGGAGGAGAGCGAGACCGAGCGGCGAGCGGCAGCAGCUCGGAGCACCAGCGGCGUGUACAGAUGACCUGGACCAAAGAGAAGACCGCUCACCACAGAAGCACACAGUCGGGCUGCUCCACACCUGAAGGCUUCAGAGACAUGCUGAGCAUCAGACCGGACCAGUCCAACGUCAGGAGGAUGCACACAGCCGUCAAACUCAAUGAAGUCAUCGUUGCUAAGUCCCACGAAGCCCGGCUCGUCCUGCUCAACAUGCCUGGACCCCCAAAGAACACCGAAGGAGACGAGAACUACAUGGAGUUCCUGGAGGUUCUGACUGAAGGCCUGGAGCGCGUCCUGCUGGUCAGAGGGGGAGGAAGUGAAGUCAUCACCAUCUACUCCUGAUUGCAUCAAACACAGGAAGCCCAGUGUUACACGAGCAUCCAGUCAGGGAGAAGUGAGUGAAGGGAGGCGGUUCAGGGGUGCGUGCCCACUAAGAGAGCCCGUCAUUGGCUGCAGAAUCAGUCGCCACGCCCAACAGCCCACUUGAACCUCUUUUUCUUUCAUCUUUACUGGUUUCUCAUAAAAAUCUAUUCAUUCCAUGUUUACCUGAAGAUAUGCCAACGCAAUUCCACCAUUCAGCAGCAAAUUACCAUGGCAACCAGCUGUGUGUGAGAGUGUUUAAAUGUUUGUGUGAGAGUCAGACAUCUGACGGUCUUUGAUGAUGGGACCAGCAUUGUGUCUGGAGCAGGUGCGUCUGAGCAGUGAGACAGUCCAUUUAUUUUUAAAAAAGGUGAUUCGAAGCAUCCCAGAUCAGUGCAGUCAUGCCAGUGACGCGACUCAGGGUGGACUUUUCUACUGAAUGUAUUUAGGAGGAAAACGGGAGAGAGGCCUGAAUGUUUGGAAUAAACAAAGUGUUUGUUUGUUAUUUAUAAAGUUUGUUCCACUACGACCAACAGGAAAAGCGGCUUCAUUUCAAAGGAAGAAAGGCUUCUAAUGAGCAACACUAUGUCCCAUAAUGUUGCUUUAUUAGUCCGUCCAUCAUUUAACAUUUUAUUUUGCGUGCCCUAAAAUAGCCGCACCAACCUACACAUGUUCAUAAUUCACAGUGGAGGAAAUGAAGUCGUUUUCCUCAUGUGUCGGCCUAAGUCAUCAAAAAAUUACAUCUGCAUUUUAAGAGUGCACAUUGUACUUAUUCAUGCAAAAUAUUCAGUUAAGUAAAAAAAAUGAUUAAUUUGUUUAAAAGCUUAAGUAAACAGAUGUAAUGGUAGAAAUUCAGAAAUGAUGUAAAAUUAAAUUUUUUGUUUCUUUACCCGAGUGAAAUUGAAAAAUUGGAAAGCUGAAUUAAUUCUUGGUGAUUCCAAAAUGUUCAAAUAAGUGAAGACAGGAGAAAAUUCUGUUUUAUGUCUAAUUUUUAUUUUAUCUUUGUUUCUGCAGAAACAGGCUCCAGUUCUCCAGUCAGAUAUUAAACCACUCACUCACAGGCACAUGUCUAUGUCGGUGCAACUGUAUUGUGUUCCGAAUCCGAGUUGUGUCUGUUAUGUGAUAGAAAGCAAGGAAAGGGCUGCGAUUUUGCACCAGGUUUGUUGAUAUAAGUCAGUUCCUGAAUGACCAAACUAAAACCAGUGCAAUGAAAGUGAUCAGAGGCCGUGAAGCUGAGAACUAGCCCUGUGAUGGACUGCAUGUGACUAGAAAUAUUCAGCGUGGAGAACUUUUAUAAAAGUGACGUCAGAAUUGUUGGUGGUACUUGUGAAGGCCUCAGAUAGAGAAGCAAUUGGGAAUAAAUUAUUGUGGAGAUACUGGACCAUUAGUGGUGUUGGCCACGUGCACUGCAUGUGUGUAAAUGUAUGAAUGUAAUGUAUUCAUUUGGCAUUCCUCCUUAAGAUCUACUGGCAGUGUUGCAUAAAAUGAGCUUGUGCCCUAAAACUUGGGUCUCACUGCACACCUUAAAAAAACCUGCUGACAUCCUGCUUCAGUUAUACACAAAUGUUCAUUAGCUUGUUUUUAAAAUUAGGGUCUUUUACGUAAGUCAUUUGAUUCCGUCCUUGUUUUAUUUGUUUGUUUUUUACAGUGUUGUGCAGGAAUAAUUUUAUGUCGUUGUUUCUUAAGCAUUGUUUUUUGAUUGUACAUGAAUACAAAAACAUGCUGAACUUUACUUUUUUUAAUUACAUUAUUAUAAAAAUCAUGAAAAAUGCUUUAAAAUUUGUAAUAAAGCAGUUUUAAAGACA